UGGCUAAUGCACCACAUGCAAACAAGGCAAAUACAGAGCUCUAAUGGAAGCGAGCAGCAGAGCGAUGGUGCAGGUGUUGUUGUUGGCGUUGGUGGUCCAGGUCACCCUGUCCCAACACUGGUCCUAUGGGUGGCUACCAGGUGGAAAGAGAAGUGUGGGAGAGCUGGAGGCAACCAUCAGGAUGAUGGGUACAGGAGGAGUGGUGUCUCUUCCCGAAGAGGCGAGUGCCCAGACCCAAGAGAGACUUAGACCAUACAAUGCAAUUAAUGAUGAUUACAGUCAUUUUGAGCGAAAGAGAAAGUUCCCAAAAAAUUGAAGGAGAGGAAACAAAAAGGAGAAAAAAAGGACUGUAUUUGCAUCUCCAUCAACACCUGUGCUGCAUCGCCUGCAUCAGGAUACUGGCUUCAACAAAUCAUCACAUUUAUUGCAUAGAUUAAUUCCUGUACAUGUAUGUCUGUAACAUUUGAUUCCAUUUGAAACUGUAAUAAAGUUUUUGAAAUCUGAUCAAAUGAUCAAAUGUGUCAGAUUAUCAGAUUGUAAUCUCACUUUGUAGAUGUGGUCAUUAGGAUGAUAAUUAAAUUUUAAAUGCAGUUUUAAAAGCCGUUAAAUGGAUACAAAUGCC